GAGUAAAUAGCUGUUCUAUUUCAUUUUCAUUUUCAUUUUUUUACAUCUGCUUCGUCUUGGGCCUGGUGUGCUUUUGGUUGUUUUUGCUACUUUUUAUUAUGAUCUCUCUUUACAGGUAGAUGUCAAGUUCUUUCAGCAUCCCUUUUCCAUUGAUGCAUGGUAUGGAGUUCUCCUUGUUGCUUUCCUCAUCUGCGCUACAAUCAUUCCCCCUUCACUGAUUUUGGGAAACUAUAAAAACACCGAUGCCUACAAUUUGGUCUCCUUGAGCGCUUGGUCUUUUUUUCUCCUCAUCAACUCAUUCUACGGCGGGGCCUUGACUAUGUUCUUCAGUACCAAGGCUGCUCCACCCUUUACGGGAUUUCGCGAAAUCGUUCAAGCUUAUCCUAAUUGGGUCCUCAAGACCCUGGCUGGGACAGACAUCGUUUUCUAUGACAGGGCUGAAUCUGGGGAUCCGGAUUUCAAGGCGUUCUAUGAGCGAAUGGUCGAGAAUCCGGAAGAGACUACGUUUACAGAUACCGCCCAUGUUCUAAAAGAAAUGGAUACCAAUUAUAUAGGCAUCAUGGCAAAUACUCAUUCCCUUCAAUAUGCAUUUGAAACCAAUUUGGACUUGACAACUCCUUUGGAAAUCCUGGAGACCUUGAACGAAGCCUGGUACAACGUGAUUCUAACGAAGAACUCUCCGUUAAGUCCAAUGAUAAGAAGAGGCAUAAACUCUCUUCGAGAUAACGCUUUAUUGGAAAGAGCUUCGACCAAAUGGCUUGGAUUUAGAAGAUCAGAGGCAACUGAAACUUCGGCAAUGGCUGUGGGCGUGGGACAUACCCUUCUGGUGUAUAUCAUCAUGACGUUUGCUUGUGUCCUAAGCUUGACCUUUUUAGGAAUGGAACAUCUGUAUGCCAAGAUAUUUUCCUAAUAAGGAUGCACCUUCAACGAAUGGUAUACGCUACUUGGAUCAAUCAUAAUUUUCUCUUUCCGGUGAUGGCAUGAACUUUAAAUUCGUCUUUAAAGUAUAAUAGUGUUACUCAAGGGCAUGCAACGAACAUUUGAUUGAGCUUUGAGUUAUCGAAACGCACGUUAAAAGUCAUCAGGUGUUCUCUCAACUUUGAAUAUUGUGAAGGUGUUUAGGGAAGAUCCGGAAGAACAUUUUUUUUGGAUUUCUUGAAUUCGAUGAAAUUAUGACUAGGGCUGGCCAAAACUUGCAUUCUACAAAUCUGCAAUUGCAAAUACCAGAAUUUUCUGCAAAUUUAUUGCAUCUGCAUGCUUUCCAAUGUUAUCAACAAUAUUUGACAUUUUUCUGCAAUUCAUUGUGCAAUGUCAACUAUUUCAGCAAAAAAAAGAUAUCUACAAUUUAUGAUUUUUUUUUAUGAAUUUGUGUCAAUUUUGGGGAAAAAUCGUGAGAUUGAAGUUUUGCUGACUUUUGUCUAAAUUUCUUUUACGCAUGAUUGCAAAUGAAAGUGCAAAAUAAGUAGCAUGUAUAGUAUUAAUUGUGUGCAUGUACCUUAUAUUCUAUCCAUUCAUUCAUUUCAAAAAUCUCUUUUAAUUGCAUAUUUUGAAGAUACACCAUGUUAAAGGUUGAGACGCAGUUUCGUUUGUUUAACAUACUUCUGUAAAAAUCACACACAUCUUAACUUGUUUUUAUGGAGUAUUGAGUAGAUGGUCAG